AUGCAAUUAACUAAAAGUAAUUAAGUUAUAAUAAGCUUUUAUAGUUUAUCCAGAUGAAAUAGAAAAAGAAAAGAUUAAUCAUCAAAUAAACUAGAAUAAUCAAUAGUAAAAAUAUCCCAGAGAGUAGUUACUUGAAAAUGCAAAGAACCUAGAUUUAGGAGGAUCUUAUCAAAAUUAUAUAUAUAAUUGUGGCGAAUGUUGUGGUAACUGUUCAGCAAUUUGUCCUUGUAAUCCAUUUGUAGAAUAUCCAUACAAAAAAAUAGAAUAAGGUUUUGUAGGAGUAUACUUAAGAUUUGGAAAAUAUGUGAAAACAAGUAAUGAAAUAAACUAUUUCUUAGUGCCUCCUGGUUUAUAGUAUUUUAAUCCAUGUACAGAUAAAUUGAUUAAAAUUGAUUGUAGAACUUAAAUGAUAGAUUGUGAGAAGCAAUAUGUUAUUACAAAAGAUAAUAUUCUCCUAUAGGUUGAUGCAUCUGUAUAUUACAGAGUAAUAGAACCAAAGAAAGCCAUAUUUUUUAUUUAUGACUUAUAAAUGGCCGUUUCAUAAAUUACAUUAGCAUCAAUAAAAAGUGUCAUUGGUGCAUAUACCUUACAAGAUGUAUUAGAAAAAAGAACUGAAAUUUAAGAUUAUAUUUAACAAUUUGUUGAUGAUCAUGUAGAUGAUUGGGGAAUAGAUAUUGAAUUAAUGAUGAUAAAAGAUAUUCAAAUAGAUGAAAGAAUUAAAUCUGCUUUAGCAUAAGCAGCAACUGAACUAAGGUAUAUCUAUUUAUCCAUUUUUUAAGAGCUGCAUAAGCAAAAAUUUUAAUAGCUGA